CAGUCCUCGCUCCCCAGCAAAGAAAGUAGCACUCACUAACCACUUCACUCCUCACUCCCCAGCAAAGAAACCUGCAGUGGCAAACCGGAGGGGAGGGGCUGGCGGCGGCGACGGGGCUGCGAGCGGAGGGUGACGCUGUGCGGCCUGCCGCAGAGACGACCCUCAGGAGUCGAUCGCGGUGUGGUGCCGACUAGAUUUGGCAGAGCGGCACACCAGCGAGAGGUUGAAGACAACUCCAGAGCCGAUCAUUGGGUGGUUCACACAGUUAUGAGGUAUCUCAAAAGAGAACCUAUUGAUUUCCUAUGUCUUGCGUUCUCAUAUGCUGCGAUUUCUAACGAGAGAACGAAGAGCACCUAGCUAGCUUGGUCAGUGGUCACAGGGACGUCGCCAUGGGAAAGAAGAGAAAGCAUGAGCACAACGGAAACACAAGCAUAACAAGAGAUGAGACGCCUCUGGAAGGGUCUUCGGUUGCCCUUCCUUCUUCCAUCUGUGACGUGCUAAUCCAGUUUAAAGACAUCAUACAGGUUAAAGUGAACACAGAUGAACGAGUACAAAGCCUUGAGAAAAAGGUUAAAAAGCUUCAGGAAAAGGUGAAAAGGAACAAAAGCGAGGAAGUUCACACGAAAGAGCGGAUAAACAAACAAAUUAAGGAAGAUCUAAAGACAGAGCUGAUAAGCGAGUUCAAGGAAGCUUUCAAGAGAGCUAAGGAAGAGCUGAAGUUAGAAUUCGGGCAAGAUAUACAAAAGCUUGAGGAAACUGUUGAGAACAAAAGUAAGCAAUAUUUCAGCGUGUUCAAGGAAGAUUUCAAGAAAGAGCUAGAAGAAGUGAAGGAAGAGCCCGAAUCAGGGAUCCAAAAACAGAUGCAAAAAGAAGUAUAUGCAAAAGUACAUCCUUGCAAUGAAUCUCGGUCUCUCAGGUCAGGGAGAUCAAAUUUUGAAACAUACCAAGUACAGGGAUAAAAUUAAGUAUACCUAAUGGCAGCCUGGGCGAUCGCCGAUGGUGGAACCGCGGAUGCGGAAGGCAGCAGCGGACGACUUUCCGGGCGAGCGGCUGGCGGAACCUUGGGAAGCAGCAGCGGACGGCGUCUUGGGCGACUAGCGGAACCAGCAGGCGGGCGAUUGGCGGAAGGCAGGACCGCAGGAGACGAGACGACGUCUGCUCGUGGAGGAAGCAGGCGAACCGGCGGCGUGUUAGCGAUCGAUGGGAUUCAGGAACACUCGAUAGAUACGUGAAUAAGCAGUUAGCAGGCCUCGUGGGCUGGAUUUUUAUUGCUGUCUAGUGUUUACGCUGCUUAGGCCUUGCCGCUGGAUUAAUGGCAAAGUGUGAUUAAAUAUGUAUACAUAAUACUACUAAUACCUAGUAAUUUGGGGGCCCCAAAUUUUUGGGGGCCUGUGCGAUCGCCCACCUUGGCCACCUCCAACGACGGGCCUGCCCGUGUUCUCUAUUACAGAAGGAUCCGUCCCUCUCCUCCGGAGCCGAACACCUCAUCCUCGCUCGCUUCUCGCCGGAGCCAAGGACAAACGCCACCAACCGCUCCUGUAAACUCCCCGCAGCCAUCAAUACCUACAACCUCCAGCGGAAGCAGCAGCCCUGCGAGAGGGGAAGUUUAAGACCAUGGUUCAUCCGAAGCUAUGCUCGACAUCGUCUGAUCUAGUAUUAUUUUCAUGUGGAUCCGGGCCUUGUUAGCAUUCAAAUUUCCUUCAUCUUGCACUGUUUGCCUUGAUCCAUCUCUUCAUCAGGUUGCCAAUAGCCCUAUUGAAGGCUCUUUUAACCGUGGUGGACUG